AAACAGGCCAUCGUUACACAAUGGUUUCUUCUCUGAUCAUCGUCCUGGCCAUUGUCGGAUGUGCACAUCGUGGCAUGGGAGACGAAGGGCUGCGUGAGUUGAGCCGGGCCAUGACCAAAUUCUCACAGAGUCUACACAAGGAUCUGGCUCUGGAACAGGUCAAUUCCGUGUAUUCACCUGCCAGCAUUCACCUUGCCUUGUCCAUGGCUUACCUUGGAGCUAGAGGCAGCACAGCAGAAGACAUGAAAUCCGCUUUGCAGGUAGUUUUUUUUAGCAUGAUUUAGUAGUAAUAAAAAAAAAUAAAAAAAAAAUAAAAAAAAAUUCAUUUUAAAUUGAUAUCUUUUAAGAAUUCUCAGUCAGUUUGAAUUUUUUGUUUCAAUAUUAAGACAUAAUUGCUUUAAAAAAAUGAUUGGGUAACCUGCGGAACAAUAUAAAAAAAUAUAAUUUUACAAUGAAAUGUUCAUCUUAUGUAUACAUAUAAACAUAUAUAUAUAUAUAUAUAUAUAUAUAAACAUAUAUAUAUAUAUAUCUUAAAAUGUGACAACAUCCCAUACAAUGUAAUAUAUUUCCAUCACCUGUUUUUAACUGUAUACAUAUAACUGUAUGAUGUCAUUAUAAUGACAGUAUUAUUAUUAUUAUUAUUAUCCGGUGGCCAUAAAUGACAAACAUUAUAUUAAUUCAAUUAUAUUAAAAAACCAUUUGCUAUGAUAUUUUCAAUUUUUUUCUGGGCCAUCUUGUAUAUAUAUAAUGUAUUUAUUUAUAAUAGAUGUAUUGAUUUCUUUAUGUGGCCAAAAAAUAUGCUAAUUUACAGCUGACCAACGUAAUUGAUCCACACAAAUCCCUCCAGACAUGGGUCAAGGACGUGAUCUCUCAAAAAGAUGUCCGAAUAGACAUCGCCAACAGCCUCUGGUACAACGACAGAUUUGAGAUUAACCUUGAAUACAAGGUACUUAAACUAGAAGACCGUUAUUAAAAAAAAAAUCUUUAACAUAAACUCAUAUAUUUAAGACAACUUCGGACACUCAAAGCUAGAAAACACUCAUAAAAGAACCAUACUUUUAGUAAAAUUGCCUAAGAAAACUAUGACGAUUGGAGAAAAGGGGUGGGGGGGGGGAGUGUCCCUAAUCGUCCUAAAUAAAUACCCUGACAUCAUUUAUGACGUACCAUGUUCUCAAAUGCUUUUAAAAUUGGAGAAACAAAUUUUGUCUUCACAAAAGCUGAAAAAAGUAAUAGUGUCAUAUUAUAUUUUUCCUCUUGGAUUUUUUAAAAACCAGAACAAAGUAAGAGAAACAUAUCUGGCCGAUGUUGAAAAGCUGGACUUCUCGUCUAACAAGCCUGAACAAAUUAUCAACGAGUGGGUGGCUAAUAUAACUGACAACAAUAUUCGAGAAAUCAUCAGACCUGGUCAGCUUUCAGAAGCUGAAACUCUUCUGGCGCUCAUCAACGCCAUCUACUUUAACGGAACCUGGGACCAGCCAUUCAGCGAAAAGAGAACGAGCAGAGACAAGGAUUUCACCAGACCCGAUGGUACCAUAGUCAGAGUGGACCUGAUGAGCCGACAGGGUUAUUUCAAAAUUAAACAGCUGAAGUCUGUGAAUGCUGAUGUCUUGAAAUUAUAUUUCAAAGGCAAGAGAUUUUCCCUUAACUUUAUUUCCCCAAAGUCUCCUUCUGGGUUAAGAGAUAUUGAGGAGAAACUCAUCAGUGGUAGGGAGAAUUUGGAUGAAAUCUUGGAUGACAUGGUAGAGAAACAUCUUGACAUCAGUGUACCAAAGUUUAAGAUCACGGCUACGAUUAAUCUAAACGAAGCUUUGAAGAAACUCGGUAUAGAAAAGGCUUUCUCCGACUCUGCCGAUUUCUCGGGAAUCUCUUCGGUGAGUUCGAAAAUAACCGACGUUAACCACAAGACUGUCAUAGAGGUUCAGGAGUCUGGUACGGUCGCUGCUGCUGCCACGAGUGUUGAGAUGCAAGUGAGAUCUCGCACAUCUCGUUUCGUCAUCGACCAUGCUUUUCUGUUCUUCCUGAUGGACGAGGAACAACGAGUGAUUUUGUUUUACGGCAAGGUCACUGACCCCACCGUUAAGAAAAUUGAGAUAUAAUGAAGACUUUCUUUUAAGACUCACAUUCGUACAUUCCGGACAUUUUGAGAUCGUCAAUAUAAAUUAUAAAAUACAAUGUGUUCAAAGGUCUUCUUUUUUCUUUUUUUAAAUUUAAAAUCAUACAUUCAUUAAACAUCUUGGAAGACGUGAACUUAUAUAUAUCUAUAGACCUAAUAACCCCCGAGUCUGUGUCAGAGUGGUUCUCAAGAGAGUAGUUUCAAGCUUCAAAGUGUAUUUCGGUCAAUUAGUAAAAAAAAAAAAAGGGGGGGGGGGUGGGGGAGGGGGAUUUAAAAAAAAAAGUAGUUUCAAGCUUCAAAGUGUAUUUCGGUCAAUUAGUAAAAAAAAAAAAGGGGGGGGGAGUGGGGGAGGGGGAUUUAAAAAAAAAAGGGUGGGGUGGGGCUUACUUAAUUUAAGUUUUAAUGCUCUGUAAUAUUUAAGGCAAUUUAUGGUUCACGUGGACUCCGUCUCAGUGCAGUGUGAAGCCGUUGUCAUGGACAACAACUCGCAGUCACGUUUACUACAGCAAGUGUACAGUAACUGAUUGGCGUAACAUUUUCUCAGAGUUUCAUUCAUAGCUUUGAAGGCCGUAUUGUUAUGUAGCACACUUUCCUCGUGCCGUGCAAUCUGGUUGACACCACAUGAAACUUUUGAUCUGUCGUGUUUAUUGCCGACAGCAACUAAAAAUAACUAAUAUGUUCUCAGUGGUGUUUUGUCGAAUGUUCGCGAUUGUGUUAGAAAAGUAAAGGCGUUUCUGGACGCGUCAGUAGACCCACAUAUAUAAGGGUUUGACAGGCACGGAGAUUCAGAUAGAUGUUAUUAACUUUACGAGACAAUUGUAUUAUUCUUUGUGUGCUCAUUCGCAUUCAUCAUUCAUCAUUAUUAAUUGGCACAUUGUACUAAUUGUGUACCGGUACAAGAUUUUCCCAUACUCUGUAAGUUGAUGAUUUGUAUUUUAUUUCUUUUGUUUUGUAAUUGUAUUAUUACUAAAUUAAAUUUUAUUAAUUGUAAUUGGCAACUGUUUUUGCGUGUCGUAUCUUUAUUAUUGUAUUUCUCUAUGGUAUCGUCCUUUGUCGUGCACUGUGUGAACGAGCCAUAACUUAAAACAAGAGAUUAAUUUCUCACAAUAGAAGCCAGUGCGUAACAGCAGUUAAUUCAUUAGCGAUGUGCCUACGUUGAAAAUUCAAUACAAAUAUUCCCUAACAGUUUGCUAAUGAGAGAUUCCUUUGCAUUCAUUUUGUCACUGCUUAAAGCAGUGGCGUCGCGAGGGGGGGGGUGCGGACCGCACCGGGUGACACCAUUUUAGGGGUGACACCCAAGUUAAAAAUUGCAUAUUCACAGAGCACACACUGAUCGAACUUACCAAGAUUCAUAAAAGAAUAACCGAUAACACCUAUAUUUUUUCACAAAUUUUACCAAUCCAAAUGCGUGCUUUAUUAAAAGUUCAAGGUUGAUGCGUCAGAAAUGAGAUGACCCUAUGUUUAAGUUAGAAAAAACACAGUCAUUAUUCAACGCUGAUUGAAGUGUUGGUAACUUCCCUAAGUGACAGGAGGCUAUAUUUAUAUAAAUUCUAAGAAAUAGGGCUUUCCGUUGAUGCCAGAUGCGUAGUGAGGUGGGGGUGGGUAAAAGAGGGGGGCAGAUUGACCCGGGCUCAAACUAGUUAGGGACGCCAAAAUGUGCUUUGAUAUUAUAUUAUUGGUAAAAAUAAUGGGUUUGAGAGUUGAAAAAAAGAAAAAGGGGCGCUUUAAAAUGGAUCUUGUCCCCGUGCGCGAAUCUUGUCCCGGGGCACCAAAAACCCUCUCUACGCCUCUGACGGUGCAGUUCUGGCGAUUCAAGUAUAAGAAUUGGUAAAAAUGAAAAACAUUAAAAAUGAAUUUUUACCCAUUCAUAGGGUUAAAAAAAAAAUAUUAUUUUACAAAAUUUUUUGAAGACAUAAUAUGUAUCGAAACCUAGAAAUACUCAAAAAUUAAUAUUUUCCCCGAUUCGUCACUGGUAUCGCCCCUUAAAAUUUGAGCACGAUUAUCACAUUUCGACAGCUGCUACAUUUCUUUGUUGUAUUUUGGACAUUGCCCUGACUGAUCUUUUUGAACUGUCGUCAGCAAUUAUUUUGUUUGUUGUCUUGAACAUGACAAAAUUAAAGCAUUUUUUAUAGUUCAAGAUUAUUAUAUCAUGCCACACGGCGUGCACAAAGCUGUCAGCAGCGAAAAGCACACAACCCCCCCCCCCCCCCCCCCCCCCAGAAAUGUCAGCUGAUAAUGUUGAUUCAAACCAAGAAACUGUAAGUCUAAUGGUUAAUGGCAAAACUGGCACAUUUUACCUGAUGCUUCUCUCUGGAAUGUACCAGUUCCAGAUUAUUUUCGGUAUAAAAUUAUUACACUAUGGAGUACCUAGUUUCAGAACAAUGACGGACUAUUCAGCGUAGUGAUAAGGUAAAUUGCGAAAUCUAAAGGGGGUGUUCGCCAACUAACAAGACAAUGGAUCUACGGGAUGAAGCCAAAUGGUGAGAAUAUACCGCGGUCGUGGAUAGUUUAUUCACUCGUCAGUCAGAAAUUGUAUCGUUUUUGCUGUUAAUGUUACAGAAACAACGUCCUAAUUUGUUACUGGCUUUGAUAAGUGGUGGAAACUGAGCCCAAAAAUUACAAAAUCAUGAAGCAUCGGAGGAGCACCUAUGUUGCCUUGAAACGUGGAAAACAUUGGCAGCAGGACUUAGGAUACACAAAACAAUUGCUGCCGAAAGUAUUGCUGUGAUGGACAGGGAGAAGAAAAAAAUGGAGGGAUAUCCUGCACAGGUUGCUAGACUUCACAUUGUAUCUUGCAAAGCAAAAUCUGGCAUUUCGUGGCCACAACGAAGAUGAAUCUUCACUAAAACUUUCUUAAAAUGGUUGAGAAGUUAUCUAAAUACCCAAAGUUAAAAGAGCACCGAAUACGACUAAAGAGGAGUGCAUCUACGGUAAAAGCAUCCUCAUCUCACCUAUCACCGGAAACCCAAAAUGAAUUUAUAAAUGUCUUUGCAAAUCAUGUGAAGGAGAUUCUUAUCGUGGAUAUAAAGGCUGCGAGGUAUUUUGGAAUUAUGUUCAAAAGCACACCUGAUAUUUCACACACUGACCAGAUGUCUGAAGUGAUAAGAUAUGUGAAAAUCCACAAUAGGAAAGUUGAAGUGAGAGAAGUGUUUCUUGGACUUUCCCGUUAAAGGGGAAAAAAGCUGACGACCUCAGUUCUUACAUUCUUAUAAAUCUAAAAUAUGAUGGAUUAGACAUACUGAUGUGCAGAGCUCAAGGUUACGAUAAUGCUGCCACAAUGUCUGGAAUCCAUGGAGGUGUCCAUUCUGACAAGAAAUAAUAAGAAAUCAAUUUUAAUGGAUGUGUGGGCCAUUCACUUGACUUCACUGGGCAACACUCUUUUGCAGAAAAUGCUUCAUGUAUUAGAUUUUUCAGUAUUCUUGAAAACAUAUUUUCCUUCUUUGCUGCAUCCACUCAUCAAUGUAAAGAUCUAAUUGAACACACUGGAAUAUCGUUGAAAAGACUAUCAACAACAAGUUGGAGUGAUCACCAUGCUACUGUUAAAACAGUGAAAGACGAGUUUGAUGAAUGUGUGGCUGUGAUUGAAGCUCUGUGUAAUCCUCUUGAAAUUCGGAUACAAUGGGUACAGCACAAGGCCUUUUAAAUGAUGUCUGUAAUUUAACGCUUAUCUGCUACCUUUAGCUUUGGGAUGAUCUACUUUAGGAAGUUAAUCUUACACAGCAGUAUCUGCAGACUAAAGGCUUUACUCUUCACAAAGUGGUGAAAAACCUAGAGGCAUUAAGAUUGUUCCUGCACGAGAAGCGCCGUCACUUGGUGGAACAUGCUAUUGAAAAGGCAUUUUUAAAAUCAGACCAAUAAGGAAUUUCGAUUUGAGAGGAGAUUAAGGUUUAAGAAGAGAAUGGCGGGAGAACAAUUAAUAGAUGCUAGACCUAGCCUAUUGAUCGCUUUCAUUGUAAACUCCAGAUCAGAUCAUCAGCGAUCAAGGAAGUAGCCGAUAUGUUUGGGGCUGUUCAACCCAAGAAUCUAGUAUCAGCAAGUGAAGAAGAGUUAUUGGUGUCCGUUCCAAAAUUAACAUCUUUCUAUGAUGAGUUAUCAGAAGAUGAACCUUUAAAAGAAAUAUCAAGGCUUAGAAGACAUCUAAAGGCAGUUGAUAUUGAAUUUCACAAAGUCAUGGACUGGUCACUAUUUGAUGUUUUGAAAUUCAUAGCUGAAUGGGACUUACUAGAAUAUCUUCCAAUACUCUCGCUAAGCCAUUAAUUUUUUCUUACGUUAUGACAUUGUGUGUGUGUGGCUUCAUGUGAGCGGAGCUUUUCAAAACUAAGGCUUAUCAAGAAAUAUUUAUGAUUCACUACGGACGACUAUUUGAUGAGCAUGACCCUUUUAAAUAAUAAAAGAAACCGACUGCAAAUGCAUGACACAUUUUUUUCUUUCUUAGUGCCCUAUAUGCUGUUGUAUAAAAUACACAAUUUUAGAGCAAUUAUUACUCAAAUACCAUCAAACGAAAUUAGUCCGACAAGUAUUUUGUAUAAAAAAAAUUAGAAAAAAAAAAAAAAAACACCACUCAUGGAAUCAAUAGGGGCCUAUAAGUCAAGGUGAGAACCAUUCAAUCUGUCAAUAAAAUAAAAUAAUAAUUAUUUUUUUAUUCCGAUCACUAUUUUAAAACAUUCCUAAAAUGACCCCAUCGCAACACACUGAGAACCACUUAUUAACCUUAAAUAAAAUUCAAAUAAUAACCCAACAAGACCACUCAUUAAGACAACUCAUAAAGACCACUCAUUAAGACCACUCAUUAAGACCACUCGUUAUAUUAUAAUGACCGAGUUCAUUCUUUUAACAACACAAGCCCACUCAUUGAAAAUGCAAGUAGUAAUCUCAUACAAAAGGAACAUUUUAAAAUCACCACACACACAGUAACACAAUUAUUAAUUAAACUAUUAAAAAACCUGUCACACAACAAAUGGAGGCUAUUAAUUAAAAUGCAAAUUAAAAAUAAUAAUUCCAAUAUCCCCGUUACCCACCUUCGUCGACCUCCUGCUGACCUUCUAUACUCCUCCCUCCUGUACCCUUUUCAUCUCCUCCAGAAAAGUAGCCGUAGUAUGUGACGUUCCCCAUUAUUAGUCCAACAUUCAUACAACACAUUUUUCCGACAUUCAUACAACUGAUUAAUCCAACAUUGGUGUGACUCAUUAAUAAAAAAUUGCUGUGACUCAUUAGCCAUAUAACAAUAACAACUUUAAAUUUUAUUUGUAUUUUUAAGGGGGGGGGGGGGGGGGGAAUUUUUUUGAUACUUUUAAUUAUUUGGGAAAAUUUUUUUUUUUAAUUUAAAUUUUUUUUUUUUUUUUUUAAUUUUUUUAAAUUUUUGAUACGACAGUAUUUUUACAGUUAUUAAGGAUUUCGCUUUUGUGCCAAGUGCUGUUUUUAGGUACGGGUGUGGCUUUUUGCCUUGUAUGGCCCCACUUUAACAGUAUAUUUUAGGGAUUUUGUAUGGGCCUGGUGUUUUUCGAGAUUUCAGUUUCUUUAUAACUCUGUAAAGCUCAGUUUGUGUGAAGAUUUCUUCAAAAUGGGCCAUUUAUUUAAUUUGGCUGUAUUGAUAGCUAUUCUCUUUUGGCUGUCUUGAUGGUUAUUUCUGGGAUAGUUAGUGAGGAAGCUUCUAAUAGGGCCUUGGUGAUUUGUUCGCAUGCCUUGUCUGUGUUGUAUGGACUGGGAGUUGAAAAUACUUGAUUUCUGUAUCCUUGGUCACUACCAUCUUAAUCGAGUACCUUUUGUGACCUGACCAGAGAAUGAAGAAAUUGUGGAAUCAAGAGUAGGAUGAUUAUUAUUUUGUUUAGCUGGCUAGCGUAUAUAGCUCUUUAUUUUCUUCAAAAUAUAUGUUUAAAAAAAAAAACAACAAAAAAAAAAAAAAAAAAAAAAAAAAAAAAAAAAAUUUUUAAAAAAAUUUUUUUUUUUUUUUUUUCUUUUUUUUUUUUUUAAAAAUUUUUUUUUUUUUUUUUUUUUUUUUUUUGUUGCUUUAAGUUUUAAAACUCAAGAGUUUUAAUACAUUGUUAUUUUAAAGCUGUUUUGAAAAAAACUACAUCUUUCAUUUAACAAAUAACAACUUACUACACAUUUUUUUUUUGUUGCUUUAAGUUUUAAAACUCAAGAGUUUUAAUACAUUGUUAUUUUAAAGCUGUUUUGAAAAAAACUACAUCUUUCAUUUAACAAAUAACAACUUACUACACUGAUUGCUUGAUGAGCUAUUAUACUGGCUUUUAGUUCAAUAUGUGUGUGUGCUAUCUUAGUGCAUUUGAAAAAAGCUACAUCUUUCAUUUAACAAAUAACAACUUACUACACUGAUUGCUUGAUGAGCUAUUAUACUGGCUUUUAUUUCAAUAUGUGUGUGUGCUAUCUUAGUGCAUUUGAAAAAAAACGCUUCAAAAAACCAACUGAAGUAAAUGUCUAUUCUCUGUUACCAUUGUCAUAAAUCCACUAAAUAAAUCUAGUAAAUUUUAUAAAGAAGUCAGCCACGUGUUAAAUUUAAAUCUUAACAAUUGUCUCAAAUUUAGAUGCUGUAUUUAUGAACGUGUUCAGUAUUUAACAAAAACUACAGAUAAUUACUUCAUGAAUUGUGGUGAUUGAAGGAUUUUUUGUUGUAAUAAUUUUUUUUUAAUUUUUUUUUUUUAAAUUUAGUAUUUGAAAUCAACAAGUAAAAUAAUAAUUCUGCUUCUCUUUAUUGCUUAAUGUUUGUGAAAUAGAUUUUUUUUGGGAAAAAGAACUGCUAUUUUUACUUUGCUGAUGAAUUAAAAAAAAAAUAGAAAUCAAUACUUUAGUUGUACUUGUAUUAUGAUUGAAGCUUUAGUGCUUUCUUAACCUUUAAUACACAUAAUUAUUCAAAGUGACUCAUGACUGUAACUUUUUAGCCACCUAAAAGAAUUAUAUGUCAUUUAAAAUUUAAUUGAUAUCAGAUGUUUGUUCAAAAAAUACUUGCUAAAAUUGAUUUAUUAUUAUUUUUAGGCAAUAAUUAUUUUUUAACUUGGACGAAAAACAUAACAUCACAGCUUUCCAUAAAAAAAAAAUUGUUUAAAAAAAUUGAAAUAAAAUGUGUACUUUCUUAGUGCAUAUUCAAUGUUACAACAAAUAUUGAAGUUUCAAAAGAGUAGACUUAUAAAUAAAACUGUUGUGGCUAUUUGUAGACACCAUUUCAUUAAAGGCAAUAAUGCCUAAAAAAGUCGAAAUUAUUUUAAAAAAAUAAAAAAAUUCAAAGUAAAACUUAUACUGUAGCAAAUAAUCACUUGGAAAAUUAUUAGUCAGUAUUUAGUUAGAAUAAAACUUAAAAAAAACAACACAUUUUAAAAAUUAAUUACUGGUUUUUAAUAAUUUUUUUUACAUCACAGAGAUAUGAUCAGAUAAUAUAGUCCUUCACAGAGUCGAUGCAUAUAAAAUUAUUGAAAACAAUUUCUGUCUUUAUUAAAUAGUAAUCAUAAAAGAACAUUCUGGACCACAGUCUUUUAAAAUUUAGAGCUCGAAUAAGUCCUGCAUGUAUAAUACAAUUCACUUAGUUGUUAAAAAUUCUCGUCAGUAAUGUUAGAUCUAUACCAAGUUUUGAAAAUAGAAAGUUUCUUUAGUCAUAUCCAUUCCCCCGCGAACAUAGCGUACAAACAAAUUUAUGCAAUCAAAUCUGUACUAAAAUAAACUGUUAAAAAGUACAUUUGCUUUUGAAAUCUCCUUAUAUCUUCUCUUGUUUUAACAUCAGGAAGCAGUAUGCUUUGUACCUCUGGUCUAAAUGCAGAUGUCCACUUAGAGCCCCACAGUAAAUGUCAUUAUAAUCAUACUCAAUGACAUCUGCCCAUAUUAGAUGGUGUCAAAAUAUUUUGAAAUUAUAUUUAUAUGGACCAAUCUAUAAAUGAAAUCACGCUAAUUUUGCUGUUUUUUUUAACCCCAUCGUCAAAUAAAGUUAGACCACCUUCCCUCACAAAAUAAUGUCACAAAACUCUGCUGCCCGUAAAAAUAAGGUACAAUAACAGUAAAUAUUCGAAAAACGGCAACACUACGGGCCCGUACAUUAAAUUUACUGUAUCUCACCGUAAAUAUACAAUAAUUGACAGCGACGACACUAAAGUACCAUAUUAAUGUUUUGCGAUACUCUACCGUAAAAAGGUUUACGGUAGGGCUAAGUUUUAUUACGCGAUUUUGAUGGCAGGCAGUUGAUGGCAGAGAAGCCAUAUACAUUUUUACCAUGCACCAUAUUUUUUCCUACAUAUGCCCAACAAAUUGCUUACCAUAUUUUUACCACAUAUUCCCCCCACAUGUUGCCAGCCAUUUAUUUGCCUUUGCUGUGUGGCCAGACGCUCCAAAUGCAUUUCUUUCAAUAAGCUAUUACAUUGCAGAUAAUGAUUGUAUACAAAUUCGAGAGUCUUGUAAAAAAUAUCUUCAUCAUACGUGGGCGUUAACAGUUUGUCAACAAGCAAAUUAUCUGUCGAUGUAAAGCGCCUAUAUAAUCUCGGAUCCCUAUCUAUGUUAAAGCAGGCCUUCACCGCUGACCAAACAGGCCAUCGUUACACAAUGGUUUCUUCUCUGAUCAUCGUCCUGGCCAUCGUCGGAUGUGCACAUCGUGGCAUGGGAGACGAAGGGCUGCGUGAGUUGAGCCGGGCCAUGACCAAAUUCUCACAGAGUCUACACAAGGAUCUGGCUCUGGAACAGGUCAAUUCCGUGUAUUCACCUGCCAGCAUUCACCUUGCCUUGUCCAUGGCUUACCUUGGAGCUAGAGGCAGCACAGCAGAAGACAUGAAAUCCGCUUUGCAGGUAGUCUUUUUUUUUUUUUUUUAGAACUAUUUACAUUCUGUAAUACUAAUUUGUCUUUAAAAACAAACAAAACAGGUGCUCGUUAUGAGAGGUUCCACUGUAUAUAUAGAGAUAACAUCUCUACAAUGUAAUAUAAUUACAUCAACUGGUGUUAACUGUAUACAUAUUUACUCAUUAUAUAACUGUAUGAUGGCAUUAUCAUGACAAUAUCCGGUGGCAAAAACUGAUAAAACAUUAUAUUAAUUUAAUAUAUUAAAUAUAACCCUUUGCUAUGAGAUGUUCUCAUUUUUUUGCGCCGACCAGUAUAUAUAUAUAAUUUAUGUAUUUAUAUAUUUAAAAUAUAUUUAUUUAUUUAUGUAGCCACAAAAUAUGCUAAUUUACAGCUAACCGACGUGACUGAUCCUCACCAAUCACACCAGACAUGGGUCAGGGAUGUGAUCUCACAAGGAGAUGUCCGAGUAGACAUCGCGAACAGCCUCUGGUACAACGACAGACUUGAGAUUUACCCUGAAUACAAGGUACCUAAAAUAGAAGGCCGUUACUUUUUUUUUCAUCUCUUACUCUAGCUCAAAAAUUUAAAACAACUUGGGUUACUUAAACAAAACCCCCCUUAAAAAAAACCCUCUUAUAAUAGAACAUAAUUUUAGCCACUUGUGUGAGAAAUCUGUGACUAUAGGAGAAAGGGAUGGGGUGUACACAAUCGUCGGAAAUAGUCUCACGCCAUUUAUGACGUAUCAUAUUCUAGAAUGCGUUAAAAAUUAGAGGAAAAAAUAUUUCCACACUAAAGCUGUGUCAUAUUAAAUUUUUCCUCUUGGUUUUUAAAAAAAAAAACAGAACAAAGUAAGAGAAACAUAUCUGGCCGAUGUUGAAAAGCUGGACUUCUCGUCUAACAAGCCUGAACAAAGUAUCAACGAGUGGGUGGCUAAUAUAACUGACAACAAUAUUCGAGAAAUCAUCAGACCUGGUCAGCUUUCAGAAGGUAAAACUCUUCUGGCGCUCAUCAACGCCAUCUACUUUAACGGAACCUGGGACCAGCCAUUCAGCGAAAAGAGAACGAGAAGUGGCGAGGCUUUCACCAAACCCGACGGUACCAAAGUCAAAGUGGACCUGAUGAGCCGUGAGGGUCGUUUCAAAGUUAAAGAGCUGAAGUCUCUGAAUGCUGAUGUCUUGAAAUUAUAUUUCAAAGGCAAGAGAUUUUCCCUCAACUUUAUUUCUCCAAAGUCUACUUCUGGCUUAAGAGACAUUGAGGAGAAACUCAUCAGUGGCAGCGAGAAGUUGAAUGACAUCUUGAAUGACAUGGAAGAGGAAUAUCUUGACAUCAGUGUACCGAAGUUUAAGAUCACUGCUACGAUGAAUCUGAACAAAGCUUUGAAGAAACUCGGUCUAGAUAAGGCUUUCUCUGACUAUGCCGAUUUCUCGGGAAUCUCUUCGGUGAGUUCGAAAAUAACCGACGUUAGCCACGAGACUGUCAUAGAGGUCCAGGAGUCGGGUACGGUCGCUGCUGCCGUCUCGAGUGUUGAGGUAGUGUCCAAUGGUCUCCCGCAACGUUUUAUCAUCGACCAUGCUUUUCUGUUCUUCCUGAUGGACGAGGGACAGCGAGUGAUUUUGUUCCAUGGCAAGGUCACUGACCCCACCGUUAAGAAAAUUGAGAUACAAUGAAGGCUUACUUUUAAAGCCCAGAUUCCUACUUUUCGGACAUUUGGAGUUCUUCAUUAUCAAUUCUAAAAUAAAAUGUUUUCGAAGCUCUC